AUGUCAUUCUUCGACGACCGGCUAUGCCCCAUUUGCGCCAACCUCAACAUCGAGGGUCUUUUCGAUCCGACUCGUUUCAGUGGCCUGCCGCCAGCUCCCUCGCCCGAGAGCGAGGCCUCCCCAGCUGUCCCUUUUGCGAGAUUCCAUACCCCACGUGAGACGAAGAAGGUCCUGCUAGCUAUCCAAUCAGACCUUCUGUAUGAUAUAGCCACAAGCAGGAGGGAGCAACAUGCCAUGAAUGCCGCGACAUCAGUCUUCCUACUCAUAAUGGACCAGGUCCAAUACGAUGAGGCCAAGGCCAAGUCGUUUGGCAGCACAACUUUGUUCGUGCGGUUCGCCCAUCGAGACUUCCCGGGGUCCUUAGUAUCGCUGGUAGCGAAUCCGUCUGUCGACCUUCGGCGCCCUCUUGACCUGCCCAUGCAGGGACGGCGCUUGCUGGAGGAAACGAUUGACUACGACUUUAUUGUGAGGCAAGACGUAUCAUCAAACCGGAUCCGAACAGGAAAUACCCUUACGUGGCAUUGA